AUGUCUUUGCAAAUGUCGCUGAAUGCAUGUGCCUUUCAAAGUGAAGGCACCGUGGUGCAUCUGUCGGCAGCUUCCAGUGACUUGAGACAGCGCUUGGGUGCAGACAUUUGUCUCGUCAUCGAUGUUUCGGGAUCAAUGCAGUUGCCUGCGACCGUUAAAGACCGCGAAGGUGCAGAGCUGAGUAUUCUGGAUGUCGUUGUUCACAGUUGCCGAGCGGUGAUCCAAACCUUGACGGAAUCUGACCGGAUUGGCAUCGUGACAUACUCCGAUCGAGCUCAAACAGUGCUCCCAUUGACAUUGAUGGACGGAAUUGGAAAGUCUGAGGCUGAGGAAGGACUUAGCAAGCUUCGGGCUGAUGGCCAAACCAACCUUUGGGAUGGCCUUCACACAGGGCUCGAAAUGCUGCGGAGCGGCGAGCGUUCAGGUUCCAUGGCAUCAGUUCUUCUGCUUACAGACGGGGUUCCCAACGUGGAACCUGCCGGUGGACACCUGGCUGCACUCGAGGACUACAGACGGACUGGUGGAGGCAAGCUGCCUUGCGCGCUGCACACCUUUGGAUUCGGUUACGAGUUGGACUCCCAUCUGCUGGAUGACCUUGCCUGUAUGGGGGGAGGCCUUUACGUUUUCAUUCCUGAUGCCGGUUUCGUUGGCACUGCAUUAGUGAACUGCAGUGCCAAUGCCGUGACGGCUGCUGGCCACAAUGCAGAACUUGUCUUACACCUGGAGGGCACAGUACAUUUGGAGCACUGCUUUGGCUACCCUGUGCAGCAGGAAGCGGAUGGUGUUUGUCGGAUUCACCUGGGAUCAAUCCAGCUCGGACAGACCAAGGACGUCGUCCUUCGUGUUGCUGGACCUUCCACGGGCAAACUGCUGCGAGUCGAGUUGAGCUACGACGGUCCGGACGAAUUUGGGCAUGCAGAGGCAGAGGUGUGGGCUUCGGAGAUGCCUGUUUCUGCAGAAUGCAGAAUCCAGUGCUGCCGGCUACAGCUGGUGGAGGUCCUCUCCGGACUGCUGCAAAGCGAGCACGCAGAGGCUUCGGGAGCCUCAGCAUUUCUCGAAGAACUCCGGCACAUUCAAGGUGAAGUUGAAGACGAUCGUCUAGCAGGCAUCGUCGAUGAUGUCAGCGGCCAGGUCGCUGAAGCCGUGUCGAGACAGGACUGGUAUGAGUCCUGGGGAAAGCACUACUUGCGAUCCUUAUCUCGAGCCCAUCUGGCACAGCUCUGCAACAACUUCAAGGAUCCUGGUGUGCAGCCAUACGGAGGGGAUCUUUUCCGAGAGGUCAGAGAUGCGGCAGACGACAUUUUCUUGACGAUACCGGCUCCAAACCCCGCUGCUUUCGACAAUGUCGAGGCAUUGAAAGCAUUGGGCUUCGAGGAGGCCGAGGUGCGGCGUGCUCUGGAUUACGCUUACAACGAUGUAUCCACGGCAGCUACGUUUCUUAUGGAAGGUUUCCCGGUCCAUCGACCGCCACCAGCACACGGUGCUGGGUCACCGUCACCGACAGCUGUUGACAUGUCCGUGUACUACGAUGCUUCAGGCGGAUAG